AUGAGCAAAAUAUACUUCGUGGCUAUAGUAGGCUCGAUAGGGCCGAUUAGUGCCGGUCUUUUUUUUGGCUGGGCAUCGCCUAGCCUGCCAAGAUUAAUUGCCGAUGGCGAUGAACUUCCGCAUCUGAGCGUGGAGGAAGCUUCUUGGGUAGCGUCUACACUUAUUAUUGGUUCGUUCUUUGGUGCCUUUGUCGGUAUGUUCAUCAUGAACUUCAUUGGUAGAAAAAACAGCAUGAUAACUACAACUGUGCCAACAACAAUUGGUUGGCUAAUGAUAGCCUUCGCAACUUCGCCAUGGGAAUUGUACAUAGCGAGAUUCAUAUGCGGAGUAUCCUUUGGUAUCAUAUAUCUAAUAACGCCGGUAUAUUUGGGCGAGAUCUCGCCGGCGAAAAUCCGCGGUAUUUUGGGAAUGAUCUGUGUAGUAUCUAUGAAAUGCGGCACUCUGUUCGCAUAUGUGAUAGGCCCGUUUCUCUCUAUAAGAAACUUUUCUUUCGUGUGCAUGACGAUACCUGUUUUAUACGUGAUCACUUUCAUUCGGUUCAUGCCGGAAUCUCCGUACUAUCUGAUGCGUCGUAAUGACAGGCAGAAGGCCGUAAAAGCUCUUGUCCAACUCAGAGGCAAUGAAAAUGUCAGCAAAGAGGCGGACAUUAUCGAGCAAGUCGUGAAAAUCGAUCUGGCGAACGAGACUGGAUUCAAAGAAAUUUUAUUUGUCCCGGGUAAUCGCAGGGCCAUGCUGACCGUGAUAGGUGUGUCUAUUAUACAACAAUUCAGCGGCGCCCCGGUCUUCCUACAAUACAGCGAAACUCUCUUUAAUCAGACGCACACAAAUCUGGAAGGAAAAUAUUUAACUAUCAUACUAGGUUGCGUGCAAGUGAUAUCCAUGUGCGUGUGUAUGAUUCUAAUUGAUUAUUGCGGCAGGCGAAUACUGCUGAUGAUCUCUUCGCUCGGAAUGGGCUGCUCGACCGCGAUGGUCGGAGCGUAUUUUUAUCUUCUAUCUAUUCACGCGAAUGUCGACAAUUUGGAGUGGUUUCCAGCCACCGGUACAAUCUUGUUCAUGAUCUUAUACUCCGUGGGCUUUAGCUCGCUUCCGUUCACUCUAUUCGGCGAGCUCUUCCCCACGAACGUCAAGGCUCUCGCUGGCCUGAUAUUCGUAUCUAUUUGCAAUCUCAACGCUUUUAUCGCGAUCAAAUGGUAUCCGACCAUGUCCAACAGUGUCGGAACACACGUGGUUUUCUGGUUCUUCACCAUUCUCAAUCUCUUAGGCUUCGUCUUCAUAUUUGCUUACGUACCUGAAACCAAAGGUAAAACGCUGGAGCAGAUACAGGAGGAGUUGAACGUCCAGAAGAAGCAGGUUGACAGCUGA